GCUCGGCUCUCCUCCGCGGUGUUCGUUGCGUGUAGGCGACGCCGCUGCGCUUUUGGCGUAAAACUACCAGAAGAAGAAGAAGAAAGGUGCAGGAUAGUAAAAAAGUUCAGGCUCAGUUGAUGGAGUUCAAAAGUUUCUUCAGUCCGCUCACCAUGGAGAGGAACGCGCCCUUCGCUCACUGGGAAGGUUUCCUGUGGUCGGAGAGGAUUACUGACUUCAGUAAGGAGAGGGAACACCACUGCAGGGUAUGAAGCUUGUGGCGGAGAUUCUACUGCACACGCCCGCGGAUGGUCCCGAGACAUUUCCUCCAUCACCCUCCCACUUCAUUGAUGAGUGUGUGGUGUGUGAGCCCAGGUGGGCGGAUAGGUCACUACCCUCUUCCUUUCUAAAAGAAACAAUGUCACUUUGAUAAAAAAACAAACAUCCAGUGCUCAGUCACUGCGACUGAUGAGGACCAAAGAUUCCCCCGGACCAAGAGUUUAUCCCCACUCUGAAUCCUCCACUAUUCAGCAGUUCACGUCGCCAUUGGAAGAAACCCAAUGUCUGCCUCCUCUCCCCCGUCCUUACCUCGAGCCUACCUCCACUCUCUCCAACCGCACCACCCGCCCUCGUCGCCUGGACCGCUCUACACGCGGCUGUCCAACGGCAGCCACAGCGCCCCGAGCCCCACCAACUCCCGCAGCUCCUUCCACGGAGUGUCCUUCCUGCUGCAGAUCGGACUGACCAGAGAGACGGUCAACCUGGAGGCCAGUGACCUGUCGCUGUCCGCCGUGAAGGACCUGGUGUGCUCCAUAGUGGACCAGAAGUUCCCCGAGUGUGGCUUCUUUGGCAUGUAUGACAAGAUCCUGCUGUUCCGCCAUGACCUGAGCGACGAGAACAUCCUGCAGAGGCUGACCUGUGCAGAAGACAUUCAUGAAGGAGACCUCAUCGAGGUGGUGCUCUCUGCUCAAGCGACAGUUGAAGACUUCCAGAUCCGACCCCAUGCCCUUUUUGUCCACUCCUACAAGGCCCCCACCUUCUGCGAUUACUGCGGGGAGAUGCUCUGGGGUCUGGUGCGGCAGGGGCUCAAAUGUGAAGGAUGUGGGCUGAACUACCACAAGCGCUGUGCCUUCAAGAUCCCAAAUAACUGCACCGGUGUGAGGAAGAGGCGACUGUCCAAUGUCUCCCUGCCCACACCGUCCCUCUCUGUCCCCCGACCGGCACCUGCUGAGAAUGCCGUCGUCAUCCUGGAUGAGCAGCAGAGGUCCCAUCAGGAGGCGGGGAAGCGGAUCCUGUCCUGGAGCGGCAGGCCGAUCUGGAUGGAGAAGUUGGUGCUGGGGCGGGUCAAGGUGCCGCACACCUUCGCCAUACACACCUACACGCGGCCGACGAUCUGCCAGUACUGCAAGCGUCUGCUCAAGGGGCUCUUCCGCCAGGGCAUGCAGUGUAAAGAUUGCAGAUUCAACUGCCACAAACGAUGUGCUUCGAAGGUGCCAAGAGACUGUUUAGGAGAGGUGGACUUCAAUGGAGAGCCGGCCAGCCCCGGCCCGGAUUCAGACACGACCAUGGACACGAUGGAGGUGGACAGUAGUGACAUGGAGGGCGGCAGAGGACUGGACGACCCAGAGGAACCCUCGACACCAGAGGAGAGGAUGUUCGACAUGGACUCUCCCUUCUUGGAUAGAGAGAAAGAUGAAGAGCCCAUCAAGAUGAUUAGUCCUUCCACCAGCAGCAACAUCCCUCUCAUGCGGGUGGUCCAGUCCAUCAAACACACCAAGAGGCGGAGCACCACUGUAGUGAAGGAGGGCUGGAUGGUACAUUAUACGAGCAGGGACAACCUGAGGAAGAGACACUUCUGGAGGCUGGAAGGCAAGAGUCUGAGUCUCUUCCAGAACGACACUGGAGCCAAGUUCUACAAAGAAAUCCCUCUGUCCGAGAUCCUCCAGGUUGAGCAGUCCAGAGACUACAGCAGUCUGGCCCAGGGCAGCAACCCUCACUGCUUCGAGGUCAUCACAGGCACCAUGGUGUACUACGUGGGAGAGAACAACGGCAGCCACUACCACAGCCCAGCUUUGGCUGCCUCGGGGGUGGGCAUGGAGGUGGCCCAGGGCUGGGAGAAGGCCAUCAGACAGGCCCUGAUGCCCGUCACCCCCCAGUCCAGUGUGGCCAGUGGUGCCGGACAGGGAAAAGAUCACAAAGAGUUGUCCAUCAGCAUAUCUGUGUCCAACUGCCAGAUCCAGGAGAAUGUGGACAUCGCCUCGGUGUACCAAAUAUUUUCUGAUGAGGUGCUGGGGUCAGGCCAGUUCGGCAUCGUGUAUGGAGGCAAACACAGAAAGAGCGGCAGAGAUGUGGCCAUUAAAGUCAUCGACAAGAUGAGGUUUCCCACCAAGCAGGAGAGCCAGCUCAGGAACGAGGUGGCCAUAUUACAGAAUCUGCACCACCCAGGUAUCGUCAACCUGGAGUGCAUGUUCGAGACGCCAGAGCGGGUCUUUGUUGUCAUGGAGAAGCUGCACGGCGACAUGCUGGAGAUGAUCCUGUCCAGCGAGAAGAGCAAGCUGCCCGAACGCAUCACCAAGUUCCUGGUCACACAGAUCCUGGUGGCCUUGAGACAUCUGCACUUCAAAAACAUUGUUCACUGUGACUUGAAGCCUGAGAAUGUACUACUGGCUUCUGCAGAGCCCUUUCCUCAGGUGAAGCUUUGCGACUUUGGCUUCGCCCGCAUCAUCGGCGAGAAGUCGUUCCGGCGCUCUGUGGUGGGCACGCCGGCGUACCUGGCCCCAGAGGUGCUGCGCAGCAAAGGCUACAACCGCUCCUUGGACAUGUGGUCGGUGGGGGUCAUCGUGUACGUCAGCUUGAGCGGGACGUUCCCUUUCAACGAGGAGGAGGACAUUAACGAUCAGAUCCAGAACGCUGCCUUCAUGUACCCGCCUACGCCCUGGAAGGAUAUCUCCCCCGAAGCCACAGAUCUGAUCAACAAUCUUCUCCAGGUCAAAAUGAGGAAGAGGUACAGCGUGGACAAGUGUCUCAGCCAUCCCUGGUUACAGGACUAUCAGACGUGGCUGGACCUCAGGGAGUUUGAGACGCGACGGGGCGAACGCUACAUCACCCACGAGAGCGACGACGCCCGCUGGGAGGAGUACUCCGACGAGCAGAGCCUCCUUUACCCCAAACACUUCAUCAUGGCUCCCAACCUGGACGACAUGGAAGAAGACCCCUAGGGGCUCGGAGGACUUACUACACAGCAUGUGUCAAAGUAGAAAGGCUUGUCACAGGGACUUUAUUUGCAUGAAGCUUUUGGGAGCGCUGGAUUUCCCCUCCUGGACUGUUUGUUGUGGAAACAGAGAGGAGCCAAUCAGACGGAGAGUUCCGCUCCGCAGGCUUUAAAAGUUGGGAAAACCCCGAAAUCGUAGCUCGAUGCUCCGCUACAAGAAGCAGGCGGGUGGAGACGCAGGCCACAGAGACGCAUUAAACAAAAGGAGAGAAAGAUGUUCUCUCCUUUUUGCACAACAUCAAAACAUUCCAUGGAUUUUUUUCUCCAAAAGCCAAAAUAUGCAAAGGUGAACGUUUAGUGAGUGUACAUAGGAUUUAGAUGAAUUUUGAGUAAGGGCAUGGCUCUUAUGUUCUGUAUGUGACAGACGAGUUCAGAGAGAGAUCUUACCCCGGGAGAAAAGGGCACUUUUCACAAGGGAUUUAAAGCCUGAGAAUCAAACGCGCUCGGGUCGGCUCCCGCGUACGAGCUGUUUGUGAGACUGUCCUUCGGCAUGAAACUGGAACUAUCACAUGUAUUUGUAUGUUGUUUGUUUUUUUAAUGUAUUUAGUAAAUGUGGUAGGUUUUUGCACUAUCUUACCACGGAGGAUAGCAAAUGAAUAGGAAACACUAUUCGCUGCUACGGAGAUGGAACGACUUUCCGGGUCGAGGUGCAAAGAGUCAAAGAAAGUUGAUGCAGCUCACACAGCAUCGGCCCCCGUGUACAUCCCAUCAGGUGUUUUCAUCAUAACAUCCAGAUCUGUUUUUAGUGUGUACGUUUUAUCAACUUUCCUGACCCUGACCAAUCAUGUUCACAGAAGCUGUUCGUUUUCAAACUAUUUAUCUUAAUCAGUAUUGUUGAUUUUAAGUUUUACAGGACUAGUAACCCUGAAGUCAAAUGGAGCCAACUCCUCUGUUCUACAUGAGGUUCAAAUCAACGGUAUGUUGGAGCUUCAUGUUUCUGUGCCACCGCUCCCUGUACUCAUGCAGUAUUUCUGAAUGUGACCCUAGAUACUGAACUACAGUGUGUCCAGAAAGUUUGCAUAUCCCCUCUGCUCCCCCCUUUUCUUUUGUUGCAGCUAUAAGAUAAGAUAAGGUUUGAUAAAAUAAGAUAAACUUUGUUAUACUUGAGAAAUCCACUUGUUUUAGCAGCUUUAAGUCAGAAUGAGGUGAACAACAGAAUAAAAUAGGCAACAAAUAUUUUUUAAAUAUUUUGAAUGCUAAAAUUAUUUAAAUUUAAAAUGUCAUCAUCAUAUCAUUCUACUCUCAACACCCACAAUACCAAAGCAAAGCAGAGCUCUAUACAUGUAAUACAUAACUUAAUAGAGUGCAUACCUCAACAGUCGCCUUGUUUAGAUCUGAACCAUAUUUCACACACUACAGUACAUAAAAGAAAUGUAAUCAAGAUUCACAAUUUCUUCCUGAGAAAUCCAGGGAAAUGUGGAAGAUCUCACAAUGUUAAAGAAAGUUAACACACACAUGUUGAUCCAGAGCUGCACCAAAAUGGAAUAGGUUCCUCUUUGAGCCGUGUCCCACCCCUCCACUAGAUUUUGUGGAAAUUGGUUCUGUCGAUUUUGCAUAAUCCUGUUAGCUAACAAACAAAUGAAGACAAAAACAUAACCUCCUUGGAUGAGGUGAUAAAUAAGAAAAUCAGUGAAGUGAUCUGAAUACUUUCUGAACGUACUGUAUGUGUUUUGUCUGAAGCGUUGCAUCGCCGCACAUCAUCUAAGUUUUCACAUAGAACAGGAUAUUGGUGUCAAUUGUCUUGUUUAUUAUUAUGUCUGGAGCAUUUUCACAGCCCCCCCCCCCCCUGUCUAGACAGCAGACAUGGUAGAAAGUUCAGUAUGAGUACAGUUCGGUUCACAUGGGAGUUUAUAGUGCUACAGUUUUACAGUUUGCUUUAUUGGCGUGUUUUGGGAGUACAUUCCUCUUUCCUGUUGUCCUUCUCCCUGUCUUCGUUGCCGCUGGAUUGGCAGGUGUCAGUGUUUUGUAUAUUUCAGUUCAUACCAAUGGAAUA